UUGUUUACUCAGAGAGUAUCUGAAUGCUACACGCAAUUAUUUUUGUAGUGGGGAUUUUGCGGUUGCUCUGUAGGAAGCUGUGUCUCAUAUAAGGCGUAGAACGCAUUAAGAAACGUCAGUGCGUUUGCGGUGUAACUUGUAAAUUGAUUGUCGUUCGUGGUUCUUUUGCAUCGUAGUUUCUUUGUCGUUUUAAUUUUUAAUAAAGCCACAGAUAAGAUGUCAUUCGAGGAGCCGCUGAUAGUUGAAGCGGUAUAUUUAUACGAGAAAGAAAAUGCUGAAGCUCAUCGCACCAUAAAUUUCGAAAUGGUCCAUCAGGACCCGGCGAUUCCUGUUCUCCGACGAGGACAAGCCUUUCAUAUGGCUCUGAGAUUCAACCGCGAGUACGUGGACGAAACCGACAUUGUCCGACUGCUCUUCAGCUUUGGUCCGAAUCCCAAUGUACUGCGGGGCACCAGAGGGGUGAACACGGUCACCAACAGGGAGAGUUACCUGACCGAUUUGGAGGCUUGGGGCGUUCGCAUGGUCGGCGCUCACGGGGUGGAUCUGUCCGUCGAGGUCAGAAGUCCGAUCGACAGUCCCGUGGGAGUGUGGCAACUGAACGUGGAGACUAAUACCCUCGGCAGAAGAAAAGCGCCGAAUACUCUUAGCUUCGAUAAAGAUAUCUACCUGCUCUUCAAUCCGUGGAUGAAAGAGGAUUUGGUGUUUAUGGAGGACGAACAACUGCUCGACGAGUACAUCCUCAAUGACGUCGGGAAGAUUUGGGUGGGUCCAUGGGGUAGUUGCCGCGGUAGAGAAUGGGUCUUCGGACAGUUCGACGCGUGUGUAUUACCAGCUUGUCAGUUGUUGCUCGAGAGAUCCGGUAUUAAGGCAAUCUCCAGGGGCGACCCUGUCAGGAUGGCUCGGGCAAUCUCGAGAAUUGUAAACUCCAAUGAUGAUAAGGGUGUGUUAACUGGCCGCUGGGACGGCGAAUACAGCGACGGUACCGCGCCGGCCACCUGGACCGGAAGCGUGCCCAUCCUCGAGCAGUUCUGGGAAACCGGCAAUGAGGUGAAAUACGGUCAAUGCUGGGUGUUCGCCGGUGUCGUCACCACGGUCUGUCGUGCCCUGGGAAUCCCGUCGAGAGUGGUGUCCAAUCUGGUUUCGGCCCACGACGCCAAUGCCUCGUUGUCGGUGGAUCGUUACUACGAUCUGAAUAACGAGGAACUCGAAUACGAUCCGAACAAUCCGAUGGGCGAGGAUUCCAUUUGGAACUAUCACGUGUGGAACGACGUGUGGAUGGCGAGACCGGAUCUCCCCAAGGGUUACGGUGGCUGGCAAGCUAUCGAUGCCACUCCUCAGGAAAUGUCGGACAACUUUUAUCAGUGCGGACCGGCGUCGGUGGAGGCUGUUAAGGAGGGUGCUGUCGGUUAUAAUUAUGACGUGACCUUCAUGGUGGCGUCCGUGAAUGCGGAUCUGAUGAGAUGGAAGGAGGAUCCCGAGAGCGAUCUGGGAUAUUCCAAGAUCGAUUGCAACAAAUAUCACGUCGGCCGAAUGAUUCUAACGAAGGCGCCAUGGAUCUUCGAUCCUAAUGGAGAUAGGGAUAGGCAAGACAUAACGGCGCUCUAUAAAGCCAAGGAAGGCACCGAGGUCGAGAGGCUGACUCUGUACAGGGCGGUGCGCAGUACCCAGAUGGCGAAGAGAUUCUACUCGUUGCCGUCACCGGGUAAAGAGGACGUCGAGUUCGAUCUUGUCGAACUCGAACGCGUUAACAUCGGCGAGCCGUUCGCCGUGACCGUGAAUAUCAUGAACAAGUCCAACGAGACGCGCACCAUUCAGGCUAUCCUGUCAGCCGGCAGCGUUUACUAUAACGGAGUUAAGGCGAACUUAGUAAAGAGAGCAUCCGGUGACUUCAAGCUUCAACCAAAUGCCACGGAACAAUUAAGACUCACCGUGACGGUGAAUGAUUACCUGGACAAGCUAGUGGAGUAUUGCAUUAUGAAGUUGUAUUGCAUCGCCACAGUCAAGGAAACCCGACAAACUUGGGCAGAUGAGGAUGAUUUUCAGGUUUUAAAGCCGAAUAUCGAAAUCAAGAUUGAAGGUGAACCAGUAGUUGGACAACCAUCAACUAUCACGCUGAGCUUCAAGAAUCCCUUGAAAAGAACCUUGACCAAUUGUCAGUUCAAUUAUGCCGGGCCCGGACUUUCCAGGAACAAAACCUUGGUCUUCAGGGACGUCGAGCCCGAGGAAAACGUUUACGUGGAGCACCAGCUCGUGCCGCAAAAGUCCGGAGAGCAAAAGAUAAUCGCUACUUUCACUUCGAAAGAAUUGGUCGACAUCACUGGUUGCGCAACUGUCGACGUCCUUGAAGCCGAAUGAAUGACCACGCGACGAUUCGAAUUCAUUUCAAUCUUAAUUUAAAUCAAUCGCUACCCUAAAAAUGUCAGAUGCAUUUGGUUGAAUCGUCUGGUCAGUGAUAAUACAGGAUGAAAUAUUUCACUUUCAUCUGGAUAUCGAAAUAAUCCGUGAAUGUCUAACCAAUCAUUUUUACAAAAAGUAAAAGGAACUAAUUUUGAAAUAAAGUAAAAACAAUGGUUUUUUUUUUGUAAUUUUUAAGCCGCUGAAUCUGAUUCUAAUUUUCAAAAAAUUUUAAUUUGUCGGGGAGAAUUUUUAUUUGCUAUUCCGAGAUUCAAAAUAAAUCCAUUUUAUUCAUCAUUUUUUAUUAUACGUAAAUGAUCAAUUUACAUUGAUCAUUUUUGAAAAUAUUAUUUGUAAUAUUAAUAUUUUUCAAUAAUAUAUAACAUAAUAUAUAAUAAAGCACUUUAAUAAAAAUUGUACAUAAUGAUGAAAUUAAUGAGAAGUUAAUAUUUCUAAUGCAUACAGAUAUAUUAUUAAUGUGUCGAACUAAAUAAAAAUCAACCUUUUUUUCUAGUAUUAAAACAUUUUAUUGUGAUACAUCUGUUACAGAAUCUCUUCGUUAUCCUGCGAGAGAACCUUUUUUACAAUGCAUUCUUUUCUAAGCUUUUAUAAGUUCAUAACUUUGUAAAAUGUUUAAUAAAAAUAAAUAUACAUAUAAUAUAAUAAUAUAAUAAAAUGUAACGUGUACAGGGAAUGUAUUUAUUGAAACCAAAGAACAAAAGAACACAACU